AUGUCGGAUGUACCCGUGAGACCUGUGACUGGCUUCUCAGCUCUUGUGGCAUACGCACUUGUCACUUACAAACCAGACAUUCUGCUUUCCUCUCGGCCAAGCUUCGUUGGGACGUUCUUUCAGAUUUGGACACUGUGCUUUUCAAUAUGGGCUUUCUGGAAAGUCAUUCUGUAUCCCAAAUACUUCUCGCCGUUGAGGCAUUUGCCAGGUCCUGAGAAUGCAAGUUGGUGGAACGGUAACGCAGCACGAAUCUUUUCAGAGGCCAACGGCGCUCCGGCCGCUGAAUGGCUACGCACAAUCCCCCAUGACGGUGUAUUCCGCUACUUGGGUAUCUUCAACAGCGAACGACUUGUGACCACUUCCCCGAAAGCGCUUGCCGAGAUUUGCACGAGAAACUACGAAUUUAUCAAACCUCGACAGCUAACGUACAUCGGAGGGCAAAUCCUCGGUCCUGGUCUUGUCCUGGCAGAUGGAGACGAACACAAGCGACAAAGGAAGCUUCUCAUGCCGGCGUUUGCUGUCAAGCACAUCAAGGAUCUGUAUCCGGUCUUCUGGGAAAAAGCCAAGGAAGUGACAGACAAAAUGACGGAGUUGAUGAAGAAUGAUACAUCGAAGGAGAAGGAACUUUCCACCUUCGACAUAGGAGAAUGGGCAUCGCGAGCCGCUUUAGACGUCAUCACACUCGCAGCGCUGGGAAAGGACUUCGGAGCAAUUAAAGACCCAGAAACGCCCCUCAACCGCACCUACCGUAUCGUCUUCGAACCUACACGUCUACUCCAAAUAUUUGCGAUCCUGAAAGGCGUCAUUCCCGGAUGGAUUGUAAACAUCAUCCCCAUCAAACGCAACCUCGCCAUGGAACACGCCGCGCAAACGAUCAAAGCGACCUGCCGCGAUGUGAUCCGUAUCAAGCAGGAGAAGCUGGCUAGGAAAGAACUGACCGACAUCGACAUCCUCAGCAUCAUGGUCAAGAGCCAAGAGAUCGCUGAAGAUGGUAUGGUAGACCAGAUGAUGACCUUCCUCGCAGCCGGCCACGAGACAGUCUCCGUCGGUAUCACCUGGGCGAUCUACAUGAUGUGCGUGCACCCCGACUGGCAAGCCCGUCUCCGCGCCGAAGUCCGCGAAAGCCUCCCAAGCCCUCUCAGCAGCGACACCAACAUCGCCAGUACGGACAUCGACCAGAUGCCUCUCCUGAACGCCUUCUGCAACGAGAUCCUCCGCUACUGGCCUCCCAUUCCCAUGACCACGCGCACCGCGGCCUGCGACACCACGAUCCUCGGCCAUUUCGUGCCCAAGGAAACCCGCAUCAUCGUCGCCAUCACAGGCACGAACAGGGACAAGAACCAGUGGGGCCCCGACGCCGAUCAGUUCAGACCAGAGCGCUGGAUGACGGCCGAAGGCAAGCCUGAUGCCACUGGAGGUGCUAGCAGCAAGUAUGGACUUCUGUCGUUUAUGCAUGGGCCGAGGAACUGUAUUGGCUCUGGGUUCGCGAGGUCAGAGAUGGCGUGCGUCGUGGCUGCGUGGGUGGGGAGGUUUGAAUUUGUGUUGAGGGACGAGAAGGAGUUGGAUGAAAAGAAUGUGGUUGUUUCCGGGGGAGCGUUUUCGGCAAAGCCGUUGAAGGGGAUUUGGGUCAAAGCGAAGAUUGUAGAGGGGUGGUAG